AUGGACAAGCAGAUACGUUUAAAUUAGGAACAGAUCUUGCAAUGUAUUAGAAAUCACAGAGAUUUAAAUGAAAUCUUAUCAAAAUAAAAGGACCAUAGUUCAUAAGAAUUAUUCGACGAAAUUGAGAGAAUAACUAACAACAUGUCAAAUGAGAGCAAGGAGAGUUAAGAAAGCAAGUCAAAUAGUGAUACUAUCGACAGGGCAAUUAAAAUGUUUGCAGAACCUAAAGUGAUUCUCUAUAAGAAAGAAAAUAGUCUAGGGUCUGAUCAAAUAAUGGAAUAGAUCUCUCAAGUCUUCAACAACAAAUCAUUUGAUUAAAAAGUGGGCUCUAAUCUUUCCACCGAGAUUUCCAAUGAGCCUUGCCUAUAAUUAGGCUCAUCUCGUCAAUCCUUGUUGACUAGUGGCUCAGAAACAGAAAGGAGAAAAAGAAAGACUAUCUCCGAGGAGGAAUCUCAUUAUUUUGUUGUUAGACUCGAGGAUGUCAUUAAUUAUUCUGAUGAGAGAACAACAAUUAUGAUCAAGAACAUACCCAACAAAUACACAGUCUAAAUGUUGUAAGAUUUAAUCGACCUUAAACAUCACGAUUCAUACGAUUUCUUGUAUCUCCCCAUUGAUUUCAAGAAUAAAUGUAACAUGGGCUAUGCAUUCAUAAAUUUCAUUCACCCACUUUAUAUUGUGUAAUUUUACAAAGACUUUCAUGAUAAUGGCUGGCCACACUUCAAUAGCGAAAAAAUAUGUGAGUUGAGGUAUGCCAGAAUCCAAGGUCGCCAAGCCUUAGUGCAACACUUUUAAUUUUCAAGUGUGAUGAAUCAAAAAGAUAAAAAAUUAAAGCCAGUGAUAGUACCACAAAGCGAAUUAUCCAGAAUUCAUUAAUUAAUUCAACGACAAAAGUAAUGAAAUCAAUGAUAUAAUUUUUCACAUUUUUUGGUGUUUUUAUGCAUAUCAACUAAUACUUA